GGAGAGGCUUCGCAGAUCCGAAAAUUUGCCUUUUAUAAUAAUGGUUGAGAAAUCCAGACUAAAUCGAGAGGGCAAAAACCGAGAGGCAAUGGAAUUUACGGAAUUGGAAUGGCGGUGAUUUCACAUUGAUUCUCUCUCUCUCUCUCUCUCUCUCCUUCUCUCUCUCUCUCUCUCUCUCUCUCUCUGAUUUUUUCUUCAUUUUGUCUUCAAUAUCACAGUUUCUGAAAAAAAAAAAUUGCAGAAAUUUAGAGUGCGUCCUCUCUCUCUGGACGAUUUUGAUGAGUGAUUUCAUUUUUUGAUCUUGGGGAAUUUCGAGAGGGAGAGAUUGAAGGGUUGUUUGGGUUCGAUUAGUGAUUGCAAGUUGAGGGUUUUAUACAUUUAUAUAUAUUGUGGAUUUUGGUGUAUAUAUUUGUGCGUAUUGUUUGGGAACUUAUAAGGACAAUCGAUGCCGGAUAAUCGGCAAGCGCAGAACAAUGCGGUGUCUAAUCCACCGUCAUCAGAUACCAUCCAAGAAGCAGUUUGGAGGUUGAAAACACGGGAUAAUCAGGAGGGGGAUGUGGCUCGAUCGAGCCCGUAUCCGGAUCGUCCCGGAGAACCUGACUGUAUUUAUUAUUUAAGAACUGGUUUGUGCGGGUAUGGCAGCAAUUGUCGCUUCAAUCAUCCUUCUUCUGCUUUACAGGGUGCUCAGAGCAGAGGUGAGCUCCCACAAAGAGCUGGACAACCUGACUGCGGGUAUUUUUUAAAGACAGGAACUUGCAAAUAUGGAUCAACAUGUAAAUAUCAUCACCCAAGGGACAGGCAUGGCGCUGGACCAGUUUCCCUGAAUAUGUUAGGUCUACCAAUCCGUCAGGAAGAAAAGCCAUGUCCUUACUACAUGCGAACUGGAUUAUGUAAGUUUGGAGCUGCCUGCAAGUUCCAUCACCCACAGCCUUGGCCUGGGACUGUCUUACCUGUAGCCGGAACCGCUGCACUUGGAGUUUCAGGAACAUCAGUUGCCCCUUCAUCUGGUCUACCUUAUGUAGGUGGACUUUCAACAUGGUCAUUUCCAAGAGCUCCGUACUUAUCUGGACAACGUGUACAAGGUCCUCAAGCCUACAUGCCUGUUGUUUAUUCUCCCUCUCAAGGCAUUUUACCAUCACAUGGAUGGAACACCUACGUGGGAAACAUGAGCCCUAUAUCUUCUGCUGGUGUUCUUGGGCCGAGUCUUGUUUACAACUCCAGAAAUCAAGGGGAUUCAGGGUCCGUUGGGCAGGUGCACUUAAUGUCACCAUCCAUUCCAAAUUUCCCUGAGAGACCUGAUCAACCUGAAUGCCGAUAUUUCAUGAACACUGGGAGUUGCAAAUAUGGAUCUGACUGCAAAUACCAUCAUCCAAAAGAAAGGAUUGCGCAGUUAGGGGCAAAUAAUAUGGGCCCUUUUGGUCUUCCCUUGAGGCCUGGGCAACCUGUAUGUUCAUACUACAACUUGUAUGGACUCUGCAAAUAUGGCCCAACUUGUAAAUUUGAUCAUCCGGUGGCAGGAUAUUCUUACAACUAUAGUCUGAGUCUCCCCUCACUAUCUGUACUUGAUUCGUCUCUUUUCUCUCAUCAGAGAAACUCACCAGCGGCCAAUGGUUCUGAAAUGGCUCCCUCUAAAUCAUCAAAAAUUUCUGAAUGGAUACCAAAACCUGAGCCAUCGAGCAGAAAACAUCAGAAAGCAGACACACCACACUCAGAAACUCAGCCUGAGGAAACUGAUCCUCCACCACAAACCUCGACUUCUGAAAUUCCUCAGCAUCAAUCUGAUUGAAAUCACUUUUCUUUUUAUACUUCCUUUUUUGUUGCCACAUUUUCAUGAAUUUUUUUUGAACAGCUGGUGCCCCCCUCCCCUCUUCACCUGCAUUUCUGCGGAGUGGGAUUAGGUUGUUUUGAGACCAAUAUGGUGAGUGACUGCUGGGGGAGGCAUGGAAGGCGUUUUUUUGUGGUGAAUAAAUGCAGGUGAAAAAAAAAAAGAAAAAAAAAAGCUGUAAUUCAUUUUGAAUUUGUUUUUCAUUUAUACAAUUUAUACCCUUUUUGUCUUUUGUCAAAAUUUUGUGUUUAGCAUGACAAUUUUUGGAAUUACCUUCAGCAUAUUUCAUGAUGCGAAAAUGUAAGGAGCAAACCAAUCAAUUUAUAACAUAUAUAUUAAAAGUGGAGUGGAGUUUACAUUGUUAAA